AUGUCCAAGACAAAUGCUAAAGCAUCUUCUUCAAAAACCAUCGAAGAAACUUAUAUUAAAUUAACUCCAAUUGAACAUGUACUAAAGAGACCAGAUACUUAUGUUGGUUCUGUUGAAGUUAUAACUGAAAAACUAUGGAUAUAUAAUGUCAAAGAUGAUAAACUAGAAUAUAAAGAAAUUACUUAUGUCCCAGCAUUUUUCAAAAUUUUUGAUGAAAUUCUUGUUAAUGCUGCCGAUAAUAAGAUCAGAGAUUCUUCAAUGAGUAUAAUAAAAGUUAAGAUUGAUAAAGAAUUAGGAAAGAUUUCUGUAUACAAUAAUGGUAAAGGCAUUCCAAUAGAAAUUCAUAAAGAAUUAAAUGUAUAUGUACCAGAAAUGUUAUUUGGUCAGCUUAUGACAUCAUCAAAUUAUGAUGAUAAUGAGAAGAAAGUUACUGGUGGUAGAAAUGGUCUUGGUGCAAAAUCUGCAAAUAUUUUCAGCACCCAAUUCACUGUAGAAACAACUGAUACAACACAAAAAAGAAUAUAUACACAAUUAUUUCAUAAUAAUAUGACACAAACUGAUAAACCAAAGAUCAUCAGUUAUGACGGGAAAGAAGAAUACACCAUGAUAUCAUUUAUUCCUGACUUUGAGAAAUUUGGAAUGACUGAAUUAACUGAUGAUAUCAUUGCUUUGUUGAGUAAGCGUGUAUUUGAUAUGGCUGGAACAGUAAAGGAUGUUAAAGUCUUUCUUAAUUAUAAACGUAUCCAAGUAAAAAAUUUUAAAGAAUAUGUUCAAAUGUAUUUGAAAUCAGUUAAUGCAGCUGGUGCGUCAUCAAGAACUAUGGUAGUGCAUGAACAUUUUAAUGACCGUUGGGAGGUCAGUGUCACUCCUAGCGUUGAAGGUCAAUUCCAACAAGUGAGUUUUGUAAAUAGUAUUUGUACAUCUAAAGGUGGUACUCAUGUUAAGCAUGUUAUCGAUCAAAUAGUUAAUAAACUUACUGAACACAUUGAAAAGAAAAAUAAGGGUGUUAAAGUUAAGCCAUUCCAAAUAAAAAAUCACAUCUGGAUAUUUAUUAAUUGUUUAAUUGAAAAUCCUGCAUUUGACUCUCAAACAAAAGAAAACAUGACAUUAAAACAAAGUUCGUAUGGAUCAAAAUGUAUAAUUGAUGAUGAUUUUAUAAAAAAAGUGAUUAAAACAGGCAUUUUAGAAGAUAUAAUGAGUGAUCUUAAAUCAAAACAAGCUCAAGAAUUGAAGAAAACAGACGGAGUAAAAAGAAAUUUGAUCAAUGUUCCCAAAUUAGACGAUGCGGUUAACGCAGGGACACGGAAUGCGCAGCAUUGUACGUUGGUGUUAACUGAAGGUGAUUCGGCUAAAGCCUUAGCUUUGGCAGGCUUUGAUGUUGUUGGUCACAAUGAAUGGGGCGUUUAUCCACUUCGUGGAAAAUUAUUAAAUGUUCGUGAUGCAUCAAUGAAACAAAUAUCUGAAAAUAAAGAGGUCCAGGCAAUUAAGAAAAUACUUGGUUUACAACAUAAUAAAGAGUAUGAUUCACUCGAAGACUUGCGAUAUGGAAAGCUGAUGAUAAUGACCGAUCAGGAUCACGAUGGUAGUCAUAUUAAGGGUUUGAUUAUCAAUUUUUUUGAUCAUUUUUAUCCAUCCCUAUUAAAACAACCUGGCUUUCUUAAAGAGUUUAUUACGCCUAUUGUUAAAGUCAAGUGCCAAAAAGAUAGAACGGUGUUGUCUUUUUUUACAAUUCCCGAGUAUGAGAAAUGGAAGAGUAAAAAUGACAAUGGUAAAGGCUGGGAAAUAAAAUAUUAUAAGGUCUCACAAUUGUCAGGCUAUAUUGCAGAGCAUUCCGUAUAUCAUCAUGGUGAAGCGAGUCUUCAUUCUACUAUUAUUGGACUCGCUCAAGAUUUUGUAGGCUCAAAUAAUAUUAAUUUACUUGAACCAAUAGGACAAUUUGGAAAAAGAAAUGAUGGUGGUAAAAGUGCUGCUAGUGCUCGUUAUAUAAACACAAAACUUACACCAUUUGCACGUAUGAUAUUCCAUCCAGAUGAUGAUAUUUUACUUGAUUAUUUGAAUGAAGAUGGCCAAAGUAUUGAACCGAAAUGGUAUAUUCCAGUCAUCCCAAUGAUUCUUGUAAAUGGCGCAGAGGGUAUAGGAACAGGUUGGAGUACCAAUAUAUUAAAUUAUAAUCCUAGAGAUAUUAUUCAAAAUUUAAAGCAAAAGAUUAAUGGCAAAGAAUUAAGCCCAAUGCAUCCUUGGUACCGUGGGUUUGAAGGCGAAAUUAAACAAAUUGAAAAAAACAAAUACUUGUCAUAUGGUAUUGUUACUAAAAUUAGUGCAACGCGUGUAAUAAUUUCAGAAUUGCCAGUUCGUAAAUGGACCGAAUAUUACAAAUCAAAAGUUCUUACUGAUCUUAGAGAAAAUGGUUCGAUUAAGAAUAUAGUUAGAAACAAUUGUACAAAUGAAAAGGUAGAUCUUGAGAUAGAGUUAACUAUUGAACAAAUGGAAAGAGCUGAAAAUCAAGAAGGACUUGAAAAGAUUUUCCAACUAACAAAUCCAAUGGCAACAACAAAUAUGAUGUGCUUUGAUUUAAAUAAUAGAUUAGCUAAAUAUGAUUCACCAGAAGAUAUAUUAAAAGAAUUCUAUCAAGUAAGAUUAAAUUUUUAUGUAAAAAGAAGGUCAUAUUUAAUUAGAAAAUUACAACAAAGGAUGAAUAUAAUGGAUAAUAAAAUUAGAUUUAUUAAUAUGAAACUUGGGGAUGAAAUUAAAUUUGAAGAUGAAUUAACUGAAAUUUCAAACAUGACGGCUACAGAUAUUUGGAUGAAAGAUUUAGAUGCAUUGGAAAUUGCAUGGGAUGAAUUUUUAACAUCAAGCGCGAUAAACAAUGACGAUAAUCAUCAACCGCAUAAUGAUAGUAAGGGAAAAUCAAGUAAGCGUAGUAGAAAAAGUGCAAAGACAUCUAGGAAAAAUAAAGGAAAAUUUAAAGCUGUACGAGACAUUGUCGUUGAUGAUCGGUUUCCUGAAAAAAAUAAAGCAUCGAUUGAAAAAGAUAAAAGACAACCAAAAAGAAGAAAAAUCGCAGAUUAA